GGUAAUCAAUAUCACUCGUAUUAAGUAAUUGUAUAUGGGUUUACAAUUUAAUGUAUACGAUAGAGUUUAUAUUGUGGGCCCGAGUUAGGAACGUAAGUCCAUGGCAUUGAUCGUGACGAGAGUGGUUUGCAGAGAAUUAAAACCAGAAUGCGCUUUCAAUGCUUGGAAGAGACCUCUGCUCUCAGAUACCUUCCAGGCACCAGCCCAACUGUAUCUCCAGUUUGUUUAUCUCCGCCAUCCGCAAGCUCUGUCGACCCCAAUUUCUCCGAUCCCUUCAGGGUUCCACUGCAAAGGCUGCCUACCACAGCGAAACGGAUACUCUCUGGGUCGACUUCAACACCAUGUGACCGGGGUGAAUGAUGAGAUAACGAUCGGAAUAGGCGGCGUGGACUGGAUGUACUGCUUGGUGAUGGAGAGGC